CACCAUGCCAGUCACUACGUUGGUACCCGACAAAUCAUCCCAUAUCGUUGAACCAACUCCUUUUGCUUUUUGAGUACUGCAAGCGAGGUUUUUUUUACGUCGACACGGGAGCAUCAUGGCGGACGAUGCACAGUUUGACGCAGCAUUAGACCUCCUCCGGCGAUUAUCCCCCCUCUCCGUUGCCGACAACCUCAAAGCCAUCACAUCACUUGUCCCAGAUCUAGAAGAGGACUUGCUAUCAUCAGUCGACCAACCUCUGACUUCGGCUCGAUGUAAAAAGACUGGACGAGAUUACUUGCUAUGCGACUACAACCGAGAUGGCGACUCAUACCGCAGCCCCUUUAGCAAUGAAUUUGACCCUCCUCUAGAUGAUGCCACGUAUCAGAGCGAUCGAGUGAGAAAUAUGGAAAUCGAAGCCAAUGGUGCAUUUGAAGUGUACAGACAAUUAUACUAUGAGGGUGGCACUGGCAGUGUCUACUUAUGGGAUCUGGACGAUGGCUUCGCUGGCGUUGUCUUGCUCAAGAAGAGCGUCAACAAAGAAGCUGGCUGGGAUAGUAUCCAUGUCUUCGAAGUUGACGAGCGGAGAGGAACUGGACGCACAUGUCAUUACAAGCUGACAAGUACUGUCAUCCUGCAUCUCGGCAGACAGAACGAUUCGGUGGGAUCUUUAAAUCUGGCAGGGAGCAUGACUAGACAAGUUGAGGCUGAUCUGGUGGUGGAAAACAUUGGAUCACAGGGCAAGGAUGGCGGUCAUGUCGUCAACACUGGCCGCUUGGUGGAAGACAUGGAGGGUAAAAUGAGAAACAUGUUACAAGAGGUGUACUUCGGCAAGGCCAAGGAUGUUGUGGGCGAUCUGCGAAGCGUGGCACCAUUGACCGGUGUCAAUCGCGAGAGACAGGCCCAGAGAGACAUGAUUUCCAGCAUGGCUGGGAAAUGAAAGCGACAGGAUGUGAUGAAGGAAUUUGGCGUCGAUGUGGCGUUACAUACGACGUCUGUCACCAUGCAUAUCUCGCUCAAGGUCAGUAGAUAACCAGGUCAUUAUACGACAACUUGCAAAAGCAAUCAGCUGGGUUGGUGCCUUCCAAUGACCAAGUAGUUGAGAUUGCGGUCGCACUUGCCGUUUUAACAAACAACCAGAUUAGUUAGACAGGCACAUUCAUGAUCUGGAAAUCAGGCAGGCGCCAGGCACAUAAUACAUGCACCUGCACCACUAC